AUGGCCGAGGACGCUCGCAAUGAAGCUGCUUCGACAAAGAAUGAAGUGGAGAGUUUCACAGCUGAAGCGAAAGAAACAUUCUUUCAGCUAGCAGCUGUCGGCCUGGAAACUGCUUCUGGAGUCCCUCCACUGAUCUUGGCAGCUUCUGCAGGUUUUCUGACCUUGGUUUUGGUUCUUUCACUUGGAAACUCCAAGCCGGCCAGUGUGAACACUCCUUCAAGGGCGACCUCUGCUCCUACCAUUGUUAGUGUCAAGAGCCCUCCACCAGUGGUGCCAUCGACUCCAGAGAUUGCACAGGCUCCAGAGGCUAAAUUGACAAGUGAGCCAUCAGUCCCCCCUGCGCCUCCCGCGCCAGUCUUGAAAUCAACUCCAUCACCAUGGGCUCGUGGCUUCACAAAUUCAGCAGCAAAUACCCUUCGGUCAAUCGCAGAUGGUUUGCCCGGAGCAGAACAAGCUGUUGAAGAUGAGUUGCCAGUGGUUCAGUCAGCCUUCCAGUGGGCUUCUGGUUUGAACUCCGACAAUGCGACCCAAAAAGUGGAAACUGAUGUGCUCCCGGCCGUUGGCAGGGCAGCUGAAGGAGCUAUCAGGCUUGGUCUCCAGGUAGGAGCCAGUGGUCUUGAAUUUGUGGGGCAGAACUUACCAGCAGCAAAUGAGGUGCUUGGAAAAGUGGUGGACACAGGCAUGCCAUAUGCCCAAUCCGCCUUACAUGAUGCUGCUGCCAAUGCAAGACGAUUGGCUGCUGAAGGUAUUUCCGUAGGAGAUGCAUCAAACCCGUAUUUACAGGGUGCUGCUUCGUCAGUCCCAGAGAUUUUGAAAGCCACAGCAGGUGCAUUAGAUGCUACCGCCGACAUGGCGCCAGCAGUGAAAUCAGCCGUUGGAUACGUGGCAAAUGCAGCAACUCCUGUCGCUCAGGCUUUUUUAUCAGCUGCUUCUGAUUUGGCAAGAGAUACCUCCGAAAUUCCUGCGAGCACAGUAGAAGGAGGUGUUGCAAAUGUGAUCGAAACAGCAAAAGCUGUUGCUCCUGAUGUUGCCAACAGUGCCAAGCAGGCUCUGAGCGCCGCCAUUCAGGUUUCCAAGGCGCCAGAAGUGACAACUGGCGCAACUAUGGAGCGCGCUUCCACUUGUCCGUUGGUUUUGGAUCAAAAUCAGUCUUGUUUCAAGAUGCGAUUUUACUGGAUCGUUGCUGCUUUCCUGCCAUGGUUGGUGCCUGGCAAGAAGCAAAAAACUGUAGUGGUUCGGCUGACUGAUGGGCAACCAGACUCCACCAAGAAAGAAAAGGCAUUUACGGAAUCUGUGAACAACUCACGAUUUGCCCUAGUCAACUUUAAUUCGUUUAGACCAUCUUGCAGCGAAUGCCAAGACUUGGAGACGUCAAUGAAAGAGGUGGCCAAGAGGUUCAGGAAGACAAAGAAGAAGAUCCUCUGCGCUAGUCUUGAUGGUGAACUAGCUGUCAACCAGAAGGUGAAGGAGGCGAACAAUGUAAGUAGCCUACCAACGCUGGUCUUCUACAGAAGCGGCUAUGCAAUAUCAAAGCAGGAAGGCUAUCAGAAUCCCGCCACGAUUGAAACAUGGGUGACCGGAGUUGCUGGCCCUGAAGUUGAAGAGUUUGAAACACAAGCGGCUUUUGACAAAGCUCUAAAAGCUCGCGAGUCGCAAGAAGUUGUAUUUGCAGCAAUUGGUGGUCCAAGACUAAAGGAGCUAUUGGAUAUGGUGGCUUUCAAGGGCCACAAAGAAGGUUGGGGUACCAAGAUUCGAUAUUUCUUCUGGUCAGAUGGCGGUAAGGGCAGGCCGUUUGCUGCCGUUUAUCGUGGUCUGAAUGAAAUGGAACACUUUGACGCCUCGGGUCAAGUUAGCACGGAGACCAUCGAGGAAUUCCUUAAAGAGCAAUAUGUGCCAACUUUCUCGCAGGUGACUGCGGCUGAUAUGAGCGGAAUGUUUGGUUCUGGUUCCAAGGGCAACGUCUUUGUUUGCUUUGAUCCAGCAAACUUCCAAGCUCAAGUUAAAAAGUACACCAGGGUUUUCAUCAAAGCUGCCAAGAAGUUUCGGGGCUAUGGAUUUUCGUACUUUGAUGCGAGUGACCAAUUCAGCGACCUCAUCAGCAUCAAGUGUCAGGACUUUCCAUCAGUAUCUUUCAAGCCGCUGAGAAAACCAUUCAAGUCCUACUUCAAAUCCUUUGCACACAUCGCCGACACGCUGAAUGAGAAGCACAUUAUUGAGUUCAUGAAAGAGUCCAUUGCAACUCACCGGGCUUUGGGAUCAGAGUUGUGAACAUCGCUUUUCCUCUGGGCAAAGUUCCCAAGAAGUCUGCAGUGCCACAGACACGGUUUGCUUCGAAGAAGCACUUCUGAUGACCAACUCUCAUCAACCGCUUCAGUGAAGUGUUUGG